AUGCGUGUUUUCCUCUUUAUUAUGGCAAGUGUAUAUAUAUAUAUAUAUACAUUUUUUACAGCAGCAUCUAUACACGCAGAAAUGGCGGGGGCGGCGAUUAGACGUCUCGCGAAGGAGAAGCAAAAAUUGGAUGAAUCACGUGUACGUGACUUCUACGCCUGCCCGCUCAAUGACAUUUUUGAGUGGCACUUCACCCUCCAAGGGCCGCCCAACUCCCCGUACGAAGGGGGUCUCUACCAUGGAGCCAUCAUGUUCCCUCGCAACUACCCCUUUUCUCCACCGGACAUUAUUUUCCUCACCAACAGCGGCCGUUUUGAGGUUGGGAAGAAGAUCUGCUCCACCAUCAGUAGUUAUCAUCCGGAGCUGUGGAAGCCGGUGUACGACAUUGAGUUGGUUCUUGUGGCGCUGCGGUCAUUUAUGGCGCAGGAAGAGGAACUCGGUGUGGGGUCCCUUCAGAGACGGUACGUCACGUCGGAGGAAAAACGACACCUGGCGCGGGAGAGCCAUCAAUUUUCAUGUCCCACAUGUGGAAUGACGAGUGCAUGGGAUGUGUGGAAGACGCAGAUGGAGCAGUACCCGCCCGUCUCGUCGGAGGUGGAGGCGAAUGUGCCGAAGUCGGCGGUUAAAACGCGAAAAAAAGAAGAAGACAUCGCGCCACCAGCAGCGGCAACGGCAGUAGAAGUGGGAAAAGGGGAAGAAGCAUCCAUGACGGCAGCGACGGUGCAUCAAGCAGCAUCGAAUACGCCGGCUGCCAAUACCACCAACUCCGCCGCUCAGACAGCAGGACAUGUGGGGGAGAAGGAGGAGGAGAGUCAUGCAUGUGGCGACCGUGUGGACCAGGAUGUCGUUAAAGUAACACCCGCAGUGGCACCAGCAACGGUGAUGAAUAAAGCAAGUGGUGUGAGCUUUGGAGCAACCCGGGUGAUGGCAGCGAAAAACGGGGAGGACGAAACCUCCACAACAGCCAUGAAGUACGGAGAUGCCGCGAAAAAUGCCUCAGCGCACACGAGUGAAGCAACGGCGGCAACAACAGAGGGACAGCAGCAGCAGCAGCAGCAGGGAGAGGAUGUAAAUGGAGGAUUGGACACGAUGGGUAGUGGGUCUCUUAGUCAUUCACCCAAAGCUUUAGGACAGGGACAAGGACAGGGUGAAGAGGCAGUCUCACUGGUUGGGUCCGCCCCUCCUGUAUUUGUCCGUAUCCAACUUGGAAGCUGGGUUCUUUUCCGUGUUCAGUUAAAACAAAUUGACAUUGCUAUUGCUGCAUGUUCUUUUAUUUGCUUUGCUGUUAUAUUUAAGAAAUGGUUAUGGCCAUAA